AGAGAGAGGGAGGAAGGAAAAACGAGGGAGGGAGGGAGAGAUGCCGAGAUGGAUUGAUAGACAAAUGCACAGAGGGCGGAACGUGGAAUUACAGUAGGAGCUUUAUUAUUCCUCAGGUUUUAUUUUAAUUACUCUUAUUUUGGGGCCAUCUUGGGAUGAUCGCAGGCGCUGGACACGCGAGGUCAAACCGAGGCGAGCCGACAUAAGGAUACUUCUCAGAGGUGUAGCGGACUUUACGUCUUUGACUUGAUUUUUUUAUUGUAGUUUUGGUGUGCGUAAAAAGGCGCAGCAAACUAUCUCCCCUCCCUCCAAACACCGUGGGAGAUAGUCUUUUUUACCCCCUCCACGGGGAGCCAACUGUAAACUUGUUUAAUUUUUUUCACACCGAGCCAUGACAGAGAUGAAGGAAGAUGAACUCUGAUGGACACGACGCCGUCAGGAGCUGGCGAAGCCGAUCCAGCACUUAAAAGUCUAAAAUAGUCAUUACAGACAAAAAAGACUAUUUAUUAAAAACAAAAAACGGAAGAUUUUCAGCCGCCUGAUCGAGCCUUCUUUUCCCUCCCUGACUACCCGGGAUGAUUUUUCCAAACUGAAAGACUUGCCUUGUUGUAAUUUCCUGCAUGAGAAGCGCCGUGGAGCGCGACGGUCACUAUGCCGAGGAGAAAGCAGCAAGAGCCGCGGCGAUCUGCAGCAUACAUGCCAGAGGAUGAGCUGAAGGCAGGCGCUCAUGAGGAGGAAGAACACCUUCAGGAUGACGGGCUCUCAUUAGAUGGCCAAGACACCGAGUUCCUGUGCAAUGAAGAAGAGGAAGAUCUGGAUGGAGGGCAGCCACCUAGUUACAGAGACUCUCCUCUCAGCAACGGCACUAACCCUGAUGCUGGAUAUGGGUCUCCGCUUAGCGAUGCUAGCGAUAGGCUCAUAGACUUCAAAAGCACCUCCUCCAGGGACGGUCAGGAGAGAGAAGGUACGGCUUUGCCCUUUCGCCCCAACAAUGGCCUCUCGUUCCAGGACAGUCUGGCACAGAUGAAAGCUGUCUAUGCAAACCUCAUCUCAGAUGCCUCUUGGUCCAGCAUCACGAUGGACAUAAUGAAAUCUAAGCCUGCUGCAGCCGGCAGCAUCAACAGUGCCAUCACGACGACAGAACCUCCAGCUACCGCUUCUGUCUCCACAACUACAACCAUAAGCAAGAGCAGUGGGGUUAGCAUGGCUAACAGUCACCACAACGGCAGGAGCGCCAGUGCCACAGUCAACCACACAAGCACUACAAGUGGCAGUACUAACGGCACAGCAACCAGCUCCGCGAGUAACCACAGUGCAACCAGCAGCAGUGGGAGCAGCGGCGGCGGGGCAAGUAAUGGCAGCGGUGUGGCCUAUGAUUGGCAUCAGGCUGCCCUCGCCAAAACCCUGCAACAGACCCCCUACCACCUUUUACCAGAACCAAGCCUCUUUAGCACAGUGCAGCUGUACCGGCAGAACAACAAACUCUAUGGCUCCGUCUUCACGGGUGCAAGCAAGUUCCGCUGUAAAGACUGCAGUGCCGCCUAUGACACGCUAGUGGGUUUGACGGUCCACAUGAAUGAGACGGGCCACUACCGAGAUGAUAACAAAGACAAGGAUGAAGAUCAAGGGAAGCGGUGGUCAAAACCACGCAAGCGCUCCUUAAUGGAAAUGGAGGGCAAAGAAGAUGCCCAGAAGGUGCUAAAGUGCAUGUACUGCGGCCAUUCAUUUGAGUCUCUGCAAGAUCUCAGCGUUCACAUGAUUAAGACCAAGCAUUACCAAAAAGUGCCUCUCAAAGAACCAGUGCCAGCCCUGGCCACUAAACUGGUGCCCACCUCCGCUAAAAAACGAGUCAUCCAGGAUACUAUAAUGUCCCCUUGCUCCCCAGAAUCUGUCCACGGUGGUAGCGGUGGUGGUAGCAUGUCCCUUGGGGAUGUGGGCAAAGAUGCGAAGGCUGCAGCUAACCCCUAUGUGACACCAAACAACCGCUACGGCUACCAGAACGGUGCCAGUUACACGUGGCAGUUUGAAGCUCGUAAAGCCCAGAUCCUCAAAUGCAUGGAGUGUGGCAGCUCUCAUGACACACUGCAGCAAUUGACCGCGCACAUGAUGGUUACAGGUCACUUCCUGAAAGUCACAAAUUCUGCAUCCAAAAAAGGAAAACAGUUGGUUUUUGAUCCGGUGGUGGAAGAGAAGAUUCAGUCUAUCCCACUGCCACCGACCACGACCAGGCUUCCCGUUCCGAGCAGCGUGAAGUCACAGCCCGUGUCCCCAGCCCUCUCAUCCUGCUCUGACGAAAGGAGGGAAGAGUGUGAGGAUGAAAAGGUCGACUACGGUGAAAUAGGGGAGAAAAAAAUCAAGGAAGAGAAAGAUGACUCGGGUGAGAAAUCCGAGACAGACACCACGUCGUAUAAAUAUCUAAGAGAAGAAGACUUGGAGGAGACUCCCAAAGAGGGUAUAGAUAUUCUGAAAUCCCUCGAGAACACAGUGUCGAGUGCCAUCAGCAAGGCUCAGACAGGCACACCCACGUGGGGUGGCUACCCGAGCAUUCACGCAGCCUACCAGCUGCAGGGUGCCAUGAAAAGCUCCGCCGCUGUUCUUCCCCCAACUGUACAGAGCGUACAAAUGCAGCCAGUGUUUAACAGCGGGCUCCGAGGACUAGUGAGCGACCCGGGCUCAAUCAUCCACUCUCCUCGGAGUCCUUCAUCCCCCACCCCACUCAGGAGCAACGUCACUGCCAUGGAAGAGCUUGUGGAGAAAGUGACAGGAAAAGCUGCCACUGUAAAGAAAGAAAAGGAAGAGAAGAUGGUGAGCCUGGAACGCUACCGGCCCCCGUCCUUAGUGAAAUCCCCUUCACCUGCUAUGAGGGAGCAGUUAGUAUCUCCAAACGAUCUGUCAGUGGGUAAAGUGUCUGGUAUGAGGAGUAGCAGCCCAGCGAGUGUGGAGUCAGAGCUCAUCUGCAAAAAAGAACCCAGAGAGAGCACAGUCGAUGGGCACAACAGCCACUCCAGGAACAGUUCGGAGACGUGCCAGUCCCCAGUAACCAAUGGCAACAGUCUGGGCAUCAUCACUGAUCAUUCACCGGAAAGUCCUUUCAUCAACCCUCUCAGCGCACUCCAGUCAAUAAUGAACACGCACCUGGGUAAGGCCUCUAAGCCGGUCAGCCCGGCGGCGGACCCGCUGUCCAUGCUCUAUAAAAUCAGCAACAGCAUGAUGGAUAAGCCAUCAUUCAACCCCACUCCUCAGGGCAAGCCAUCUGAGCCCAUCAACCACUACCAGUUAUACGAAAACAAUGACCAGCCCAUAGAUUUGAGUAAAAAUAAAUCCACCAACAGCAGCGGUGGCGGCGGUAGUGGCAUGCCGUUGACCAACAGCAGCGUCAACGGCAACAAACCGUUUGUUCCUCUCCCCGACGCAGUUUCAUCUCCUCUGAGAGAGAAUGCACUGAUGGACAUUUCUGAUAUGGUUAAGAACCUCACUGGAAGACUGACGCCCAAAUCCUCAACUCCCUCUUCGAUCUCAGAGAAGUCCGACGCAGACGGCAGCGCGUUUGAGGAUGCCUUAGAGGACCUCUCACCCGUGCAAAAGAGGAAAGGGAGGCAGUCCAACUGGAAUCCUCAGCACCUCCUCAUCCUCCAGGCACAGUUUGCCUCUAGCCUGAGGGAGACCCCAGAGGGCCGCUACGCCAUGACCGACCUGGGGCCCCAGGAGAGGGUUCACAUCUGUAAGUUCACAGGGCUCUCAAUGACUACUAUCUCUCACUGGCUGGCCAACGUCAAGUACCAGCUCAGACGGACUGGGGGCACCAAGUUUCUGAAAAACAUGGACUCAUGCCAGCCCGUGUUCCUCUGUGGCGACUGCGCCUCCCAAUUCAGGACUCCCUCCUCCUACAUCAGCCACCUGGAGUCUCAUCUGGGCUUCAGCUUGAAGGACCUGUCCAAACUUUCAGCUGAACACCUACGGGAGCAGCAGGCUGCCUCAAAGGUGAUCACAGACAAAAUGACAUUCGGCAGCCCCCUGUCGGUGUUGACCACGCCGGAGGACGACAUGGGCUCCGUGUACCAGUGCAGACUUUGCAAUCGGACAUUUGUCAGCAAACACGCAGUCAAACUGCACCUCAGCAAGACCCACGGCAAGUCUCCGGAGGACCACCUGGUGUUUGUCACUGCCGUGGAGAAACUGGAGAAGCUAGAUAAGCUGGAGAAAGUCUGAACUGAGGGUAAAGACUGACGAUGGCUGUGGAACCGACUCCAAUUUCAUUGCACUAAAAACCAUGUUGUCACUCUUACUGCACUGGGCCGAACUGAGCCGCCAGGAUUAAAAAAACACAAAAGAAAAGAAAAAAAAAUCAGUCUUAUUAUUUUUUUGUUGUGAUAACUGCCUGACUGGACCACGUCUUUUUAUGUUGGAUUUGUUUUGUUUUGUUUUUUUGUUUGUUUUGCCAAACAUUUUUUUACACUUAUUUUGUAAUAUAUUUAUAUGCUAUUUGUCGGAUCUGUGCAUGUAUUUUAGUGAAUCAAGGUUAAACACAAGAUUUUAAUCUUUUUCAUGGCAAAAAUACAACUACUGCUUCAACGGUUCCUGAAACAGAAGGAAGGGAAAGAAGGCGAACUGUAUAAUACUUAAUAUGAAGAAAAAUGAAAAUUAAAUGUAUACACCAAAAGAACGAGAGAAUGCCCCGAAAGACUGAAGUAGCACCUUAAAGAGUUGAGUUUUUUUUUUUUUUUUUUGUAAAGAGGACGUGUUUUGAAAUAAUCUGCAUUUGUCAAACUCAGAUUGAUUUUUAAACAAUCACAGAUUAUUAUUGCCCCCCCCUUUGGGUUGCUAUAACUGCGAUGCCUGCUCAUACAUGUCGGUGUAUUCGGGGAAAAAAGAAGACUGUGUGAACAUUUGGAAAAACUGAAAUGCUGCUUCUGUUUACGAGUCAAUCAGCGAGAAAAAAACGAACGGCCAUUGGUAUGCAAGUUUGUUUAAAAAAACAUUUAAAAAGUAAAAAAAAAGACCCCUUUUUUUGAUGUGAAGUAUCAACUUAUAGCAAUUUUCCAGACGUACGGUUUGUUACAACCGUCUCUUUCUAAACAGCGUCGCUUGAUUCAGCUGUAAAGAAAAGAGUCCGUCACAUGUAAAUGAUUAACGGUGAAAUGUCAGUACUCCAUAAUUACAUAUCUUAACGUUUGAAAUGGCUCAACAUUGUUUGUAUCUUAAGGUGUGUGCAUUCUCUAACUUUUAUAUUGUCAUUUUAUAUACAAAAAUGAUUUUAAAAAACAACAUAAAAACAGAUGGUGUAUAUAGAUAUAUGCUGUAGAGCUUCAAAAUGUCCUUUUUAAAAAAAUAAUAAAAUAGAAAUUUAGCUUCUUUGGCCUGGUUUACAAAAAAAGUGAUUUUAAUUAUACUUGCAUCCAAUUUGAUGCAUGAUAAAGUGUGGAAAAUAAAUAAGCGAUGCACAAUGACUAUACAUUUCAAUGUUUUAUUGACAAUAUUGUAAAGAAAAAACGUUUUGCAUCAAUUAGUUUGUUUCGUUUCUUUCUCAAUUGUAAAAUAAACCCCAAAGCAGUUGUUAACAGUUUUUGAUUGUGGUUGUGUUUUCAUUUGCUUUUUGGCAAAUUAAAUCUCACACCCUAAUC